AUGGGGAAGGUGAAGUAUGCACUUUUAUGGUGCUGCCUGGGCUUGCUUCUGUCCGCGGGGUCCUGUCGGACGCUGUGUCAGAUUGCCAAAAACAGCAAGGAGAAGGGGUCUGCCAGACCCACGGAGCUGUGCAUAGGUGCAUGUAAAGCUGGUUCCCUGUGCAGCAAGCUGUGCCCGCCGGGUACUGAGGGAAGCAUGGGCUUCGCCUGCAGGCAGCAGCUAUGGCACAAGGUCAAUGAUACCUGCCGUACCCUUAAUGCCUACAACAUCUUUGAGGACAAGUCACAGACAACAGCCAGCUAUGGGAAAGAUGUGAAUGUCGACAAAGACGCUGGGACGUCGGACAGCAUAGCCCACAAGGUGCUGCGGCAGUGCCCAAAGGACCUGUCCUGUGUGACCAGGAAGAUCGAGCAGUCGCCCCAGCUUCCAGGGAACAUUGAGCUCAUUGUGCAGCUCUUACACAACAUUUCCACGGCGCCCAUGAGGGACGUGGACGAGGCGCAGAUGACGAGUUACUGCUCCAUGGCUAACCAUGUUCUGAACAGCAGUAGCAUCGCAAACUGGACCUUUGUUCCUGAAAGAAACAGCUGCAGUGUCCUGCUCCAGUCAGUCAACGCGUUUGCAAGAAAGCUACAGAUACACAAGCAUCCCGUCAACAUACAGGACUCCUUUAUCCAUGCCAUGGGCUCUGUCAUACCUGCAGACGGUGAAGGGAAGAAUUUUACUUUCUUCAUGAGAGUGAACGAGAGCAGCAGGCCAGUCACGGGCCAGGUCCUUAUCAGCAGAGAGGAGCUGCAGACGGCACCCUCCACUUCUCAGAUCAUCUGCAUCGCCUUUCCAACACUCGGGGCCAUCUUAGAAGCCAGUCUUUUGGAAAAUGUCACUGUGAAUGGCCUUGUCCUGUCUGUCAUCUUGCCUGAGAAACUUAAAAGAAUCUCACUGCAUUUUGAAAAGAUUCACAAAUCCGAGGAGAGGAAGACCCGUUGUGUAGGCUGGGACCACCUGGAGCACAGAUGGGACCACAGAGCCUGUCAGAUGGUUGAAGCAAGCUCCCAGCAUGCCAUCUGCCAGUGUUGGCCAAGAGGGCUGUUCACCUCCUUCUCCAUUCUUAUGUCGCCCCACAUUCCAGCAAGCCCGGUUCUGGCUUAUAUCACCUACAUAGGCUUGGGCCUUUCGAUUUGCAGCUUGAUUAUUUGCUUAGCCAUUGAGGGUCUGGUCUGGCAUCAAGUGACAAAGACAGAAAUUUCCUACUUACGUCACCUGUGCAUUGCCAAUGUGGUGGCCACCUUACUGACAGCAGAUGUACUGUUCAUUGUGGCUUCCUGUUUUAGUGGUCCUGAGACACACUACAACGGAUGUGUGGUAGUGACAUUUUUCAUUCAUUUCUUUUAUCUUUCUGUGUUUUUCUGGAUGCUCGCCAAGGCACUCCUUAUCCUCUAUGGAGUUCUGAUCGUUUUCCACACUCUGCCUAAGUCAGUCCUGGUGGCUUCUCUCUUUUCAGUGGGCUAUGGGUGCCCUUUGGUCAUUGCUGUUGUCACAGUUGGUGUCACUGAACCUGCCAGAGGCUACCUACGGGCUGAUGCCUGCUGGCUCAACUGGGAGACGACCAAGGCCCUGCUGGCCUUCGUGGUCCCAGCUCUGGCCAUUGUGGUCGUAAACCUGGUGGUCAUCGCAGUGGUCAUCAGCAAGGCCCAGCGAGUUUCCUUUGGCAGCUCCAUGUUUCAAGAAGUGCGAGCCAUCGUAAGGAUCUGCAAGAACAUCGCCAUCCUCACGCCACUGCUAGGACUGACCUGGGGCUUUGGGGUCGCCACGCUCAUUGACGACAGCUCGCUAGCCUUCCACAUCAUCUUCUCUUUGCUCAAUGCAUUCCAGGGCUUCUUCAUCCUGGUGUUUGUCACAAUCCUGGACCCGAAGAUCCGAGAAGCCUUAAGAGGUCAAGUAAACUCUGUGAACUGGAUUUCCAAGAUAUCAGAGGUAAAAUCAUUUUCAUUUUGCACUUAA